AUGUUAGAAUUUUCCUUCAAGUCACAGGAGCUACCUAUACCAGAAGUCACCAAGCACCGAAAUAACUUUGACCAGGUCAGGUCCAAACCUUCCGAUGCUGAUCCAAAGUCAUUGAGCAAGGCAAUACAGUAUGGACAAAUUUCCCCAGAUCCAGGACCCCAACUUGCAGUUAAUCAGUAUCACAAUAACUUCCAUCCAGCGCUACCACCAGUCUCAAGUUACAUCUAUCUACCAUAG